AUGGACAGUGUCUCCGGCGCACAAAACUCGGUGCGGCCGGCCGGCGCUUGGCGAGCAACAAUACGAGCAGCCACGGAGCCCGAGCGAGGCGGGCGGUGCCGUGCCCGCAGAACCCAGAUUUGGAAAUUUCCUGAUGCCAGCAGCGCCCAAAUCCAGCAGAUUUCUGUUGCUGCCAACGACAUCAUCCAGAUCUGGUGUUUGCUGGCAGCACCAGCGCCCAGAUCUGAAAACUUCCUGGUGCUGGGCCGAGCCAUGCCCCCGGCCCGCCCCCGGCCCCCGGCGGGGCUGCCCCGUGCCCGGCCCCGGCCGUCCCGCCGCGGUCUCGCCUCUCCCCCGCUCUGGCCGUACUGGCGGUGGCGCUGCUGGGCGGGCAUCAGUGCCUGGUGCGGGGGCGGCAUCGCCGCCCUUCGGCUCCGCCUGGCCCGAGCCCGGCCCCGGACCCGAGGCAGGGUCCACUCCCGGCCCCGGCCCCGGCGCCGGCUCCUCCCGGGGCCCGCGGAGCACACACGCGGAGCGGCCGCUCCCGCCGCCUCCACUGCGGCUUCCCCGGCCCGAGCUCCGCCGCUCGGCAGCGCGGCCGCCGGCCCCGAGCCUCCCGUGCCGCGUUCCCGGGAGCGAACGCCUGGGCAUGGCCGGCCCGGGGCGGGUGAGGGGCGCUCGGGGUCUGUUGCUGGCCCCGGGCCGAGCGCUGACAGCCGCGUCCCGCCCGCAGGGACGGCGCAGGAGGCCCUGCAGGAGCGGUACCGGCUGGGAUCGCUGCUGGGGCGCGGCGGCUUCGGCAGAGUCUUCGCGGCCACGAGGCUCUCGGACGGCGCCCCGGUGACCAUCAAAAGGGUGCCACGGAACCGCGUCCGGCACUGGGGCGAGCUGCCCGACGGCACCAGCGCACCCCUGGAGAUCGUGCUGCUGGCCAAGGUGUCCACUGGCUUCCCCGGUGUGGUCCAGCUGCUGGAGUGGCUCGAGCUCCCCAACUGCAUCGUGAUGGUGCUGGAGCGGCCAGAGCAGUGUCAGGACCUGCAUCGUUUCAUUGGGGCACGGCGGUUCCUGCCCGAGGAGGAGGCGCGGGCGCUUUUCCGCCAGGUGCUGGAGGCCGUGCGGCACUGCACCAGCUGCGGGGUCCUGCACAGGGACAUCAAGCCAGAGAACAUCCUGGUUGACCUGGACACCGGGCAGGCCAAGCUGAUUGACUUUGGCUGUGGCACCUACCUGCAGGACACAGUCUACACUCACUUUGCAGGAACACUGUCCUACAGCCCCCCGGAAUGGAACGACUUUGGCUGGUACCAUGGCGAGGCAGCAACAAUCUGGUCCCUGGGCAUCCUGCUGCACCAGAUGGUCUGCGGGGAGCACCCUUUCAGGAGGGGCCGGAACCUCAGCUGGGGCCAGCUCCCGCUGCCACAAAGGCUCUCUCAAGAGUGCAAAGACCUGAUCUGGUGGUGUUUAUCCGUGAACUCCUUGGACAGACCCACACUGGAAGACCUGUUCUGUGUUCCUUGGAUGCAGAAUAUUCCUCUGCCAUAG